AUGGUGCUCGAGGCGACGAUGAUCGUCGUCGACAACAGCGAAAGCAGCAGAAAUGGCGACUACGUUCCUUCGCGCUGGGAGGCCCAAGUCGACGCUGUCAACCUCAUCUUCCACUCCAAGACACAGGCCAACCCCGAGUCCUCCGUCGGUCUCAUGAGCAUGGGCGGUAGCGGCCCAGAAGUCCUGACAACCCUCACAACAAAUCCGGGCAAGAUAUUAGACGGACUGCAUCGGACCAAGGUCAAGGGCGAGUCGCAUCUCUACACAGGCAUCAUGAUCGCAUCGCUAGCUCUCAAGCACAGACAGAACAAGUCUCAGCGACAGCGCAUCAUCGUGUUUACCUGCUCUCCCAUCGCAGACUCCACCGCGACACUCGCCAAACUGGCUAAGCGGAUGAAGAAGAACAACACCAGCAUCGACAUGAUCGCGUUCGGCGACCUCACCGAAGAGAGUCUCGAUAAGCUCCGCGCGUUCAACGAGGCCGUCAAAUCGAACGAGGGCUCACACCUCGAGAUCAUCCCACCUGGACCAAACCUCCUCUCAGACACCAUCGUGGCAUCACCUAUCCUAGCAGGUGAAGGCGGCGGCGCAGUACCGAAUGGUGGAGGAGCAGGUGGUGAAGGCGGAGGCGUAGGAGGUGACUUUGAGUUUGGUGUUGACCCCAACCUGGACCCAGAGCUUGCGCUCGUGCUGCGAAUGUCGAUGGAGGAAGAGAAGGAGCGGCAAGAGCGCGAGAAGAAGCAACGAGAGGAGGCCGAGGGCAAGACAAAUCUGGAGAGUGUGCCCGAGGGCAAGGAGGGCGAAUCGAGUGAGAGCCAGCCUCUGCUGGAUGGGAGCGGCGAGCCUAGCGGUUCGGCAUCGGGCAGUGCAGGCACUCAAGCGAAGCGGCCGGAGGACAAGAAGGACGAUGACAAUAUGGAUACAGCAUGA